CGCUGUGUUUUCGGGUAGCCCCGCCCCCGCGUUACGCAACUGUGCGGACUCAGGCCGAUCGGGGAUGUCGGGCUGCCGGGUGUUGGGGGCCGUGGUGCUGACGGUUCGGAGGAGCGUCGUGUCGCAGCACGGUGUUCUUCCAUAUACAGGUUUUGUGUCCUGGAACCCCUGGAGAUCAUCUAGCUCCAAAACUAAGGGCCAAGAAAGGCUCAAAAAGGAGCCUUUAAAAAAGCCUGAAACGCCUGUUGGCCGCUUUGAUCAUCCACAACAGGAUCCUUUAGGAGGAGAUUCCCUGGAAAGGUUUCCUGAUGACAUCAAUCCAGUUACAAAGGAAAAGGAUGGGCCAAGAGGCCCAGAGCCUACUCGCUAUGGAGACUGGGAGCGAAGGGGACGUUGCAUUGACUUUUAGUGUUUUCUGUUGCUCAGAAGUGAGCUGUAUGUGGUUUGAGUAUCUUGUUAAUAAUAUAUACAGCCCGGCUCUGACUUGAUAGUACUGCUUUAUUCAGAUUGGUAUAGCUCUGUAAUUUGGAAUGGAUAAUACACCAUUACACACUAUUUUAUGGGAUUACUCAGUUCUCUUUUAUCUCUGAAAGGUACGUAUUUUCAUCUCAAUUUGGAAAAAGCAUUUGAAAAUAAAUAAUAACAUGCACUAUUAAUAUCAUGAG